GCCACCCGCCAAUCCUCUCCCGCAACCGCGAGUCGCCUCCUCCUCCACCGCCGCUUCCCCCGAGUCCGAUCCAACCCCGACGAAACCCUAGCAAUCCUUCGCCAUGAAAUCCGCCACCUCGAAGCCGAAGCCGAGGCCGAAGCCUCCCCCGCCGGCUUCGGCGCCGCCGGAUCCCUCCUCCAAGGCGUCCUCCUCGUCCUCCUCCGCCGCCGCCGCCGACCCCAACAGCGCCAAGCGCGCGGGCCCCACGCCCACCGCCGCCGCAGCCUCCGCGGCGGCCGUCGCCAAUCCCCCGAACAAGGAUAACCCCAACGGCGCGGCCAAUCCCGCCCCGAUCCUCCCCUCCCCGCACCCCCCGCGCCUCCCUUCGCCGCACCCACACCUCCCGGCUCCGGGGUUGCCGCCGCUGCCCCCGUCUCGCCCGCUGCUCACGGUGGCGGCGGUGGAGGCCGCGAUGGCCUCCAUCCCGCCCCCACCGCAGUACGGCCUCGAGAGCCUCGACCGGCGCAACGUCGUGCUCUCCGACGGCACCGUCCGCACCUACUUCGCGCUCCCGCUCGAGCCGCCGCCGCAGCUCCGGCAACCUCUGCCGCUGCCGCUGCCGCCGUUCCCCACGCGCCAGCUCGGUCCUCCGGUACGUAUGCCGGUUCCUGAAAGGUGGCCCCCGAUGCCAGCGCCCGCUGCUGUGCUGCCAAUGCUGGCCCCUAAGCGGAAGUGGGAGAACCAGGCCAAUGGUAGUGCCCUCGGGGAGUCAUCGGGUCGUCAGCAGAAGCCGGAGGAGAAGCGCAUCGUGAAACAGGCGAAGGUGGAGACGCCUGAGGUGGAUGCGAAGGAGCUGAAGAACUCCUUCCUUAAGAUGGUUAAAUUAAUGAACGAGAACGUGGAGCAGAAGAAGAAUUACAGGGCCAAUGGGAAGAUUUCGCAGCUGAAAUGCACAGUAUGUGGGAGGGAUUCUAUAGAUUUGCAUUCACUCCUCAAUCAUUCUUACCAUACGAAGAGUGCAGAGCAUCGUGCUGAUCACCUUGGGUUGCACAAAGCUCUGUGUGUUCUUAUGGGUUGGAAUUACUCCGUAGAUCCUGUGCACAAAAAGGCUUACCAAACAUUAUCUACUGCUGAUGCUGAAGCCAAUCAAGGAGAUCUUAUUUUAUGGCCACCAACAGUCAUAAUCGAGAACACAUUCAAGUCAAAGAAUGAUGGACAAAAGGAUGGGAUGAGCAAUAAAGAGAUGGAGGGCAGGCUCAGAGGAAUGGGCUUUGGUGGUGCCAAUGUGAGACCACUCUUUGGAAAGGAUGGACAGAGAUCCAUGGUGGUGAAGUUCGCUAGCAGCCUCGCUGGUCUGAAGGAGGCUGAGAGGCUUGCUCAGUUCUUUCAGAAUCAAAGCCAUGGACGCGCUGAAUGGUAUCGCGUCCGAAGCAUCCCUCCUGGCGCUGAUUCGGGAAGCAACCCGUCGCUGGUGAAGGUGGACGCCAAGGGGGAACGGACAUGGGUCCUCUAUGGCUACUUGGCAACUGCAUGGGACCUGGAUGUUCUCGACAUGGAGUCAAAGCAAAAUGCUGUAAUAAAGAGCAGAAAAGAGCUCGAUUUGUCAGAAUAGGAUCAACCCUGUUAGAGUGCAUGAGUUGAAAGUCAGUGAUUCAGUUCUUGUAAUUUGUAGACAGCAGCUGUCAAUCUUUUUUCUAUCGAGAGUACUCGAUUUUAAUGCAUAAUUCCAAGAACUGAUUUGGUUGCAAGGAAGUAAUGGAACUCGAAACCCUAGAUAGAGAUACUGCGUGUCCACAGAACAUGGCAGUCUUGGCAUGUGGCAUGUUAUUUUUUUAAAAAAAAUAUAAGCAUCAGUAUAGUAUAUUAAAUGGAUGCAUGAAAAUUGUUAUAUGUAUAUAUCUGUCUUCAGAAGUGUCUUCAUAAUACUAUA